AUGAGCAAUCAAUCUGGUGCUUACAGUGGAACAUCAAGUGGCCGAGCUCGUAGAAGAAUUGAUGGUGUGCCAAAGAAAUGUUGGUGUGGGGAAUUAGUGCUUGUCAAUGACAAUCAUGCUUUUAAGUGGGUUGAUGAGGCAUUGGUGAAUGAAGUGGAGACAUUGCGUUCUCGUUUGGAUAAGCUAGAAGAGGAUGUGAGGGAGAUUACAGCAGACAAGAUAAUGCUUGAGAAUAUGGUGAUUGAGAAGAUUCAAAAGAAGAUGGAGAGAGAGGUUUUUGAGCGAGUGGAAGAGACAUUGGCAGCAACAAAAUCCGAUGUGAAGAAAAUGAUGCUUGUUGUCAUUGUUGGUUGCAUGGUUAUUGUUGGUUGUAGUAAGCUAGUAGGUUGA